AUGGGGCUGGCACUCGUCAGAGCCGCUCAAUGGACCACCGCAAGCUCUGGCACGGGCAAACUGGAGAUUACCCCAAUGAACGAGUCCCUAUUGAGAGAAAUACUUUGCUUCGUGGAACAGUUCAGCGCCAGACAUCCUCAGGAGGCGAGGCAUGUAUUCAAGGAGCCGCUUCAGUGGAAAACGUCUUUGGAGGCUUCUGAUUUCAAAACAGAGUAUGACAUCAGUGGUGAUACGGUUCAGUCUCAGGAGAAGGAUAAGGACGGCCAUCCUCUGCUCCACCUCUCUCCUCCAGAUAUCUCAGUGUCCAGUUUCAGCCAGCUCUCCAAGCUCUUGCAGCUGGCUAGAGGCAGGAAGCUGAAGGAGCUGCGAGCUUGUUUAGAGGAAAAUAGAGACCCUGUGGUGAAGAUCCUGGGGCCAAGCUUUGCCACAGUGGAGGGACAGGAUUCAUCUGUUCUGCGUCUUCUGGAGAAGGUGAAGGAGGACGACCAGGGCAGAGAGACGGAGGUCAAAGUCAAAUUGCUUAUUCUGCUGCAACAGCUGGACACACAGCUCCUCAGCAGCUCCCUCAAACAGCUCUCUCAAGAGGUCAGGCUGAGUCCGGCGGCAGUGAAAAGUGAUGUUGAGCUGCUGAGGAGUUUCUGUGGAACAGGCGAGAAGAGGAUCUUGAAGUCUAUUCAGUACACAUCAGACUAUGAGUUUAACAACGGCUGCCGUUCUCCGCCCUGGAGACAAGUCCACGGAGAGAUCUGCUACCUCAUAGUUGAGACAUGGGACACAGAGCCACUCUUCAUCACAUGCAGCACUGCCGGAGUCUUCCUCAAUGGGGGAAUCAAGCAAGAGGGAGAGGAGAAUGCCUAUGAGAGGAAGAGUGACAUUUACAAAGACCUUGUCACACUGCUGAGGAGUCACUCCCCUCACUUUGCUGAGAACAUUAAUAAACAGGACUUUGCAGUUCAGGAAGAGCCUUUGUCCAUGCUGAAGAUCCCACAUGUGGAAGCAGUUGAUGUGGAGGAAACUGGCCAAACCCAGAGGUCUUACGAGCAACAGAGGAAGAAUGUGCAUGAGAAGGCGAGACAACAGCAUGUACCCAACAAGCUAGGUGGCAAAAAGAAAUUAGAACCGUCUCCGAAGUGGAAGAACCUUGGCCUGGCCUCCCCCCCCGAUGAGGCAGAUGAGAAGAAGGCAAGGAAGAGCGGAACCAGUGAGAAGGCCGGAGAGAGUCUGCUGAAGACACAGAGGCCUGAGAGCAAGAAGAGGGUGGAUGUCUCUGGGUCUUCGCUGCCAGGACGACAGUCCUCUCACAAAACUAAGACUUCAGGAGGAGUCGUAGGAGCUGAUGACUUCAGUGAGAGCUCAUCUGAGAGUGAGGAGGAUGAAGAGCAGCCGGACAGACGAGCUGAGAGUAGCACAGACCUGCCCUCAGAGUACUGGCAGAUCCAGAAACUCGUCAAAUACCUCAAGGGGGGGAAUCAGACAGCGACAGUCAUAGCUUUGUGCUCUAUGCGAGACUUUAACCUGGCUCAGGAAACCUGCCACCUGGCCAUCAGGGACGUCGGGGGGCUAGAGGUGCUAAUCAACCUGCUGGACACAGAUGAGAUCAAGUGCAAAAUUGGCUCUCUGAAGAUCCUGAAGGAGAUCAGCCAUAACUCUCAGAUCCGUAAGGCGAUAGCUGACCUGGGUGGCCUGCAGACCAUGGUGCGCAUCCUGGACUCCUCCGACAAAGAGCUCAAGUGUUUGGCCGCAGAGACCAUCGCGAACGUCGCCAAGUUCAGGAGGGCCCGCAGGACUGUCCGACAGCACGGCGGCAUCAAAAGACUGGUGGAGCUGUUGGACUGUGUUCCGGACUCUGCCUCGCUCACAGAGGAACAACAGAAGGAUGUGGAGGUGGCUCGCUGUGGAGCUCUAGCUCUCUGGAGCUGUAGUAAGAGCACCAGAAACAAGGAGGCCGUCCGCAGGGCUGGAGGAAUCCCUCUCCUGGCUCGCCUUCUCAAAUCGCCCCAGAAGAACAUGCUCAUCCCUGUGGUGGGAACCCUGCAGGAGUGUGCCUCUGAGAGGAGUUACAGGAUUGCUAUUCAGACCGAGGGCAUGAUCGAGGACCUGGUGAAAAAUCUCAGCUGUAACAACCAGGAACUGCAGAUGCACUGUGCUAGCGCCAUAUUUAAGUGUGCUGAGGAUAAAUGUACUCGUGACCUGGUGCGUCAGUAUGAGGGGUUACAGCCCCUGGUCGCUCUGCUCAGCCAAUCUGACAACAAGCAGCUUCUCGCUGCCACCACUGGGGCAAUCUGGAAAUGCUCCCUCAGCAUGGAGAAUGUGGCCAAGUUUCAGGAGUAUAAAGCCUUGGAGACUCUGGUUGGGCUGCUGACUGACCAACCUGAGGAGGUGCUGGUGAAUGUGGUAGGGGCGCUGGGAGAGUGUGCUCAGAGGCCUGAGAACCGGGCCACCAUCCGUAAGUGUGGUGGCAUCCAGCCCUUGGUCAACCUGCUGACUGGCACCAAUCAAGCCUUACUCGUUAACGUCACCAGAGCUGUAGGAGCCUGUGCUACUGAGCCAGAGAACAUGGCGAUAAUUGAUCGUUUGGAUGGUGUGCGUCUCCUUUGGUCUUUGCUGAAGAAUCCCAGUCCAGACGUGCAAGCCAGUGCUGCCUGGGCUAUCUGUCCCUGCAUCGAGAAUGCAAAGGAUGCGGGGGAAAUGGUGCGUUCCUUCGUGGGCGGUUUGGAACUGAUUGUUAAUUUGCUCAAAUCGCCGAAUAAAGAGGUGUUGGCCAGUGUGUGUGCUGCCAUUGCCAAAAUUGCCAAAGACGAGGAGAAUCUGGCAGUGAUUACAGACCAUGGCGUUGUGCCCAUGAUGGCCAACCUCACCAACACAACGGAUGAUAAGCUGCGUCAGUGCCUGGCGGAGGCCAUAGCUCGCUGCUGUAUGUGGGGCAGUAACAGGGUUGCAUUUGGGGAGGCUGGGGCAGUGGCCCCUCUGGUUCGUUACCUCCGAUCCAAAGAGCCCUCUGUACACCAGGCCACUGCUCAGGCCCUUUUCCAGCUCUCCAAAGACCCCAACAACUGUAUCACCAUGCAUGAGAGUGGAGUGGUCAAGCUCCUGCUAGGAAUGAUGGGAUCCACUGAUGAGGCUCUCCAGGAGGCUGCCGCAGGCUGUGUUGCUAACAUCCGUCGUCUGGCAUUGGCCAAUGAGAAAGCAAGAUAUGGCUAG